CUUCGAGGGGCUUAUGAAUCUGGAAUAGCAUGGAGAGGGAGACUGGCUAGAAGAAGAAGUGGAGUUCCCUGCUGUGCUGUUCGCCGUUCACGACACCAGAGGAAUUGGAAAAAAAUGUUCACGACCGGAAGGAGGUACGGACCGCGAAUAGCGACGCGAACGCCUCCGCACCGUCGGCGGAGGCGGAGAGUAGGAGAUUUGUUUUACUUACCGC